UCUCUGUUGCUUGUGUGUGGACCAGAUCGCUGAUCGAUGGCGGACCUUUGAUGGCGAAUCAGCUCGAGCGCAGCUAAGGGGAAGAUCAUUUCGGGUUUACUGAAUGAUAUGGAAUCCAGAGCAGUUGUCUGAGGCAGAGCCGCCUUCAAACUCUCCAAAUGAAGAUGUGAAUUUAGCUAAUUUGAUUGAGGAUCCUGUGCAUAGAUUUGGAGACGCUAUCAGGUUUAGGACGAGACAUCGAUGGAGAAGGCGUCAAGUCCAAAUUCCUUCUGGAACUCAGAAUAUUUCAUUGGAAUUGAGUGAAAUUAUGGUCAAUUCAGUCAAUGGGAAUUCAUUACAGCCAUUACAGGCUGGUGAGGGUAGUAUUACUGCUGAGGAAAGGAAAAAUGAAGCAGGGAAAACUUGUGAAAUUAACAAUGAAGCUUUGGAAGAUGAAAAGGCAGAGAAUAAGAGUGAUGUUGAAAAGGGCAGUGACUCUGAUGGGAGUUUCUUUGAUUGUAAUAUAUGUCUCGACUUGGCUAGGGACCCUGUUGUAACUUGUUGUGGUCACCUAUACUGCUGGCCGUGCCUUUAUCGAUGGCUACAUCUACAUUCAGAUGCCAAGGAAUGCCCUGUAUGUAAAGGAGAGGUUACCAUGAAGACUGUGACGCCAAUUUAUGGUCGUGGCAGCAACACGCCUAUGACAGAGGAGGAUGCUGCACUUAAGAUCCCUCUAAGGCCUCAUGCUCGGAAGGUUGAAAGUUUGAGACAAACCAUUCAGAGGACUGCACUUAAUUUCCCUAUGGAUGAGAUGAUUCGUCGAUUGGGGAAUAGAUUUGAUUUCAAUCGUGAUCUAGACCAACCGCCGGAGCCAGACGGUUCACAUGAAACAUUUGGUCGAUCUCCAACCUUGUUGAAUAGGAUUUUAACAUCCAGGGGAAUUCGUAGAGAACAAAUUUCACUGCACCCCCAUGAUGAUGUAGGAGUUUUAGAACUCCCUCAUGUGUCUGGCACCGAGGCAGGGGAUACCCGUCUUCAAUCUCUCCCAGUGCUUCGAUCAUUACUACACAGGACAAGAGUUUCUUCUCUGACCUCUGCGUUUAAUACUGCUGAUAGGCUUCCAGAGGGCUUUUUGUAUACCGAUCCGCUCGUUCCUAGACACCAGGAGCAGCNUAAGGGUGUGGAAACCUCUCCUUAG